GAACAGCAGUUAUGCAACGUGCAUAGAGAAGCUUCUCAGUUCUGCUCUACAGUUAUAAUAUUAAUAUUUAAUAUAGUUAUUUCAGGCGGAAUUAUGCAUCGUCACUUACUGCAGUCCGCUUUCAGACAUUUAUUUAGCGCUUCUGCAUGCAGCAGGACCUUCCUCACUAAGGCCAUUGUGGAGGAUGCUUUUCUAGCCAAACCUUUAGUGUCAUGUGGUUGUGCAGGAGCAGAAUUGCGCACUCAGACACAAUACAGAGCUUUUCACACCACACCGAAGUCAUGGAGUGUGAAACAGACACCACAGGCUACAGAAGAGGAAGUGGGCUCCUUUACCAGACUCAUUGAAGCCAUGGGAUUUACUGGGCCACUCAAAUACAACAAAUGGAAAAUCAAGAUAGCUGCUUUGCGUAUGUACACUUGCUGCGUUGAGAGAGUCAAUUAUGAUGAGUUUUUUGACAAGUGCUCCCUCCCUGACACACUCAACUCCUGGUUUUUGGUGGCACAGCUGCAUGUCUGGAUGUGUUUGGUGCGGAUGAGAAAGGAGGGCAGAGAAGGAAAGUUCAUUUGUCGUUACGUUGUCCAUUCCAUGUGGGAGGAUGUGGAACAGAGGAGCAAGAUCAUGGGAAUUGACAUUGUUCAGAGGAAACAAGGGAUGAAGGCUAUGACAGAAACAUUUUAUGCUGCUAUUUUUGGAUAUGAUGAGGGUAUCUUGUCAGAUGACUGCGUGCUUGCUGCUGCGCUCUGGAGGAAUCUUUUCAACAGGCAGUGUCAAGACCCAAGACAGCUUGAGCUUAUGGUUGAAUACGUCCGCAAACAGAUGCAGUAUAUUGAUGCCCUGGACGGGGAUGAUCUGCUUUUAACUGGAGAGGUCAAAUGGCGUCCUCUGGUGGAGGAGAAUGCACAGAGCAUCCUAAAGGCGGCCACACCAACCUACAAUGAUACCGGCCUUUAGAAUGAUUUGACCCUGUUAGAGAACAAUACCCAGUGUCAUUGUUUGAGUGCUCCGAAAACAAGAGCAGCCAGUAAGACCCGCUGCUGAUUUGUUAAUUUCUGUUUCUCCUUUCUGUAAUUUAUGUAUCUUCGUCACCUCCUGAUAAACCAGUAUACUGUGAUGGGACUGUGCACACACACACACACACACACUACCUAUAAACCUAACACAUAUUGAAAGUAUGGUACUUCUUCUUCUAGGAAGUGCUACAGUGCUAUUUUUCCCUUGCACCUACUGUAGCAGUCAUGGUUUCUUUACUCCUAUUAUGUCAGAUGAAAGGGUGAGUGUGUGGGUGUGUAUGUGUUUACCUGUUCGCUAGGGACAUUACGCUGUAUUUAUCAUGCAGGCUCUUAUUUUAAGUGUUCUAAAAUAAAUAUAUAUUUCCCAGUAUUCUGAA